AUGAGUUUGGACCUGUUUGUUAAAUCUAAUAACAGUGUUAACAGUACUGGUAAUAAUAAUAUGAAUAGAGAAGGGGUUAAAGAUAAUAUUAUGAACAUUGAUAAAAUUAAUUUUAAAACUUUAUAUUUUAAUGAAAAGGACUUUUAUAAUUAUGAAGAAGAAUAUGAAGAAUUAGAAGUUGCUUUAUAA